AGGUUGAUUUGCCACUUUGAAGAUGUGUUUCAGUGAUUCAUUUACAGCAAGCUAGUCGCAGUUAAGCUAACAUAUGCGCAGGGGGUGUUGGGUGCUUUGCUUAUCCUUUAGCUUACACAUGUUGACUUUUGCUAGCGCUCAGAGAUAGCUUCUAGUAACUUUUCUAGUUCCAAUUUAUUGAGCGAAAGUGGUGUGAUGUAAAACUUUAAUGUGUAUUUUAAUGUUUCCUAGCAGAGGAUAGUCAGGUACAAUGAGUCUGCAACGAUGUCCGUGUCACUUUUUCCCUCAGCAGCCAACAUCAAACCAACCGAAGGCUACAGAAAGAUGAUGAGGAGGAUCAUUGCUGAAGAUCCAGACUGGUCCCUGGCUACAGUGCCUUGUUUAGCAAACCUCUGCCUGCAAAGCAUCGUGAGAAACUUUGAGGAAAGGCCCAUAUUUGAAGACCUGACACCCAUCCAGAGAGACUUUGUGCAGGAGAGACUGUCCACUUCCCUGCAACUGGGUGUGACAGCCAACUUGAUCAGCGAUGGUGUCUACUGGAAGAGGUGCUGUGAGCAACGGUGGGGCCAUUGUGAUGUCUCUCAUUAUGGCCACAGCUGGAAACGAAUGUUUUUUGAGAGGCACAUGGAGAGCAUUAUUGAGCUUUUUAUUCCCGAUGUAACACAGUUGGAGACAGUUCUGGACAUGGUACCUCUUUGUAAUAACUAUGUUAAGAGACUGGACAUCUCCCAAGUCCUCCCGCCUAUCAAGGAGCCCCAGAGGGAGGGAGAGGAAUAUGACUCUGAGUAUGACGGGCCGUCUAUGGACCACUUCAACUUUAACAUCCUGCUCCCCAAACUGACAAACCUGGAAGAGCUCCAUUUGGUGUACAGGGUCAAACAGUGUGGUAUGAACUUUGAAUGGGAAAUGUUUGAGAUGACAGACAGAGAUUGUGAGUCCCUCGCCAAGGCCCUCAAGUCCUGUAAGACUUUGAAGCUUCUCAGGCUCCAUCAAAGCAACAUUGAGGACAAAAAGUGCCGCAUGCUGGUGAAAUACCUUUUGGACCACCCGUCCCUGAGGGAACUUGACUUUUCUCACAACCUGAUCGGAGACAAAGGAGCCAGAGCCAUCGGCAAACUGCUCACCAGUAGUAAACUGGAGACACUAAACAUGUGUGACAACAAUAUUAGAGGCCCAGGAGCUAAAGCUAUUGCUCAUGCCUUGUCCAAGAACUCCACCCUUCUGACACUCAACUUGCGUCUCAACCGCUUGCAAGAUGAGGGUGGUGAGGCUAUUGUCAAGGCCUUGCUGAACAACAACGUCCUAUGUCACCUGCACCUGGGAGGCAACGACGUGACGAGGCCCACUGCUGUUGCGCUGGCUGAAGUGCUACUUCAGAACAACACCCUGAAGUGCAUCAAUCUCUCCUGCAACAAGAUAGGUGUGGAUGGAGGUGAAGCCCUGGUGGAGGCCAUGGCUCUCAACACCAGCCUAACAGAAUUUGAUAUUCGUCUGACGGACGUUGAUGAACAGAGCGCUGCCUUCAUUGACCAGGUGGUUCAGACCAACCAGAGUUUGGCGCAAAAGAGACACGUUCAAGAGAGUCAAACCAACUAGACCUCAGCAGCUCUUGUUUUAAUACAAGCCCAUCUUUAUCAGUCAUACAUUAAAGUAGCUUCAUUUGACAAAAUGUUAAAAGGACUCUUUUAGCAAGAAUCCUUUUGAUCGUAGUAUGAGAGGGAUACUAAUCAUUUGUCCGUUUUCCAUAUACCCAUUUUGAAAUUUGAUGGUGUAUAUUUCUGAUGUCCACAGAUGAUCAGUGUGAAAAUUUCUCUUAUUUCCACUUCAAAGACUUUGAGUUUUGCCAGCUCUUACUACAAACAGAACCUUAAACAACGUGUAGAAACUAGAAGCAAAAAAAAACAGCAGUAUUACACGUCUCAUCAUCCGCCACAUCUUAAGACAGACCCUACAGCGCAUCUGGAAAGUAUUCACACCGCUUCGCUUUAUCCACAUUUUGUUAUGUUACAGUCUCAUUCCAAGAUGGAUUAAAUGUCUCCCUCAAACUUCUACAGAAAAUACCUCAUAAUGACAAAGUGAAGUUUGCUUGAGUUUUUUGCAAAUUUAUUAAAAACGAAAAACAAAAAAUGUAAUAUGUAUGUAAGUAUUCACACCCUUUGCUAUGACACUCAGAACUGAGCUCAGGUGCUUCCUGUUUCCUCUGAUCAUCCUUCAGAGGUUUCUACAACUAGAGUUGAGUCCACCUUUGGUAAAUUCAGCUGAUUGGGCAUGUGCUAAAAGCGAAGCAGUGUGAAUAAUUUCCGGAUGCACUGUAUAUGUGCUUUCCACAAAUACGCAAAGAAUCGCAUGUUGUCAUAAAAGUUUGACACAUAUUUUAGUGAUCACUUCAUUUUAUUGAGGAGCCUUUAUUUCAUUUUGAUACACAGAUUUGGUAUUCAGUCCUUAUGCAACAUCAAGGCAACGUUGUGGUGGUGUUGGAAUACAUACUGUUGUGUUUUUUAACCUAUGUCUAUUGGCUAAUAGUAGAGUCGUAACACCUUUGCAGGGCAGCAACAAAACAUCUUCAGUGUAAUUAAUGUCACAUUUUCCCAGUUGUUUAUCUUGCUUUAUCACUAGUUGUUUUCUAGAAUCUUAUAAAAAGAGGCAAAGCU